AGUGCUGGUCACGUGGGCUUUCGAGGUUUGCCUGAGGAAUAUGGCGGCUUCCGAGUGGAGAUUACAGAAUUAACAGUUGUGUUCAUAUUGCGGGACUUGUCCACAUAUUUUUUUAAAUACAAGCUACAGAAAUAUGGUUUUAACUAGAGACUCUGCCUUCGGUAUACUUCAGCUGCCGAAAGAUGCUGACAAGGAGAGAGUGAAAGCAAAGUAUAAACAGUUAGCCUUUAAAUGGCAUCCAGAAAAACAUAGCAAUUCUCCUGAGUCGGUUAAGCAAUUUAAACAGAUUACACAAGCAUACAGACUAUUGGCUUUCAGUGAUCCACAAGAUAUGACAAUGGCGGAAGCAAGGCAGCUUUUUAGUGACACCUACUUUUCCAACUCUUGUGUCCUUAAUGGUGGUGUAUGUGAUGACUCCACAUCAUCAGAUGAUGAUAGCGAUGAUAGUGAUGAUUUUUACACAGAAAGAGUCAAUGCUGCAGAGACAAAUAAAGAUAAUGCAAAUGAAAGAACAGAUGGCUCUCAACUAACAGCUGAGGAAGCAGAAAGAAAUGGGGAUGAUUUAACAGAAGAGGAACGAGAAAGAAGAAAAGCAGAGAAGAGAAGACUUAAGAAAAAAAGAAGAAAAGAAAGAAAGAAGUUAGAGAAACAAGAACAACAUAAGCAGCAAAAAAAUAAAGCUAACAGCCAACAAGAAAAAAAUAAAAAAUCUGAGAAAAAACCUGCCAGUGAUUCUACGUCAGAUGAACAGGCAGAAUUUGAUCCAGAAUCAGCCUUUUUCACAAAAGCAGUUAGUAAAAAAAAGAAGAGUUCCAACAGUUCCAAAAAGGACAAGAUGUCUGAACGAAAUGGAGCACACAACGGAGAAGAUGAGAUAGAGGAGGUAGACUCUACAGUCCUUAGAAGUCGACAGCUAGCAAUUAGGGGCAAUGAGAUGGCACAGGUUGGAGAAUAUACAGCUGCAAUACAGCUUUUUACAGAAGCCAUUUCAUUAGAUCCAAAAGAUUUUAGAUUUUUGGGCAAUCGAUCUUAUUGUUACGACCGACAACAACAGUAUGAAAAAGCUUUAAAAGAUGCAGAAAAAGCAAUAAAACUUGCCAAAGAGUGGCCAAAGGGGUAUUUCAGAAAAGGAAGAGCCUUGUCAGGCUUAAAUAGGUUCCCAGAAGCUGAAGAAGCCUUUUUACAAGUUUUAAAAUUAGAUAAAAGUUGUGAAGAAGCAGUCCAUGAACUGGAGUUAGUGAGGGUACGACAGCUGACGGACAUGGGUUUUACUCUCUCACAGGCUUCAGCUGCCAUAAAGAAAUAUGCAACAGUUCAAACGGCCCUAGAAUCUUUACUUACAGGAGCAGAUGAUUCUUUAGCGGGAGAAUUGUACAUAUCUGAUGAAGAAGAUUUUGCCCCUCCUAAACAUAUAUCUGUACCCAAAUCAGUCCUUCCACAGACUUCAGACACGAAAAUGGAUCCAAAAAAUCCUGAAGGUUUAACAGCAUUAUGGGUAGGCAAUGUUUUACCACAAGUGACCGAAAGACGAUUGACACAGUUGUUCUCUAAAUACGGUCCUGUUGUAAGUGUACGACUUUUACCAGAAAAAUAUUGUGCAUUUGUUAAUUUCAAAUUAAAAGAAUCAGCAGGAAAAGCUAUGCAGUUUUUACAGGGUUUUGAAAUUGAAGGCCAGCGGCUCUUAAUACGAUUCCCAGAUAACCCAAUCAACAACAGUGGUAGCAUCACCCUGCGCAAAUCCACCCCCACAACUACACCUGUCAGUGCCACAAUCGCCACAAGUGCCAAACCAAGUCAAGCAAAAGGAGUACGAAAUAUGCCAAAAAUGUCUGGACCAGUGAAUGGAGAUGAGUGCUACUUCUGGAGGACAACUGGUUGUGAUUAUGGAGAUGCCUGUCGUUAUCGGCAUGUGCCACAAAGCAAAGGAGUCGACAAAAAACCUUGGCAGAAAUGAAACAUGGAUGUUCAGUGCUUAACAAAAGAAGACUUGAGUGCAAUGGUAAAGACUUAAAAAAAGCAAACCUACUAAUUGGAGCUGUUAGCCUCUAGGAGUCUUGCAGGAUGAAGCUACCAUGACCCAUAUCCCACUUGAUGGGAAGAGACGUGACAGAACGAAGUCAUGGCAUCUGUUUGCCAGUUUGAGUCUUAGCCGUAGAAUGAAGCCGAUCACAUCUGUCAGUGAAGCCUAGCUUUUUCUAAAAGGUUUUCUUUGUAUGAGAAAACACACUGUUUGCUGUUUGUUGCCAGCUUCAGAUACUGGAUCAGGCAGUAUAAAUGGUUGAAGGCAAUUGACAUAAAGCUUUUUUUUUGUUCAGUGCUGCUGCUUUUACUCAUAGACUAAGAAUGCUUUGAAGCACUAAUGCAACAAGAUUUUUUUAGUGUUACCAAAGGACAGAGAGCAAUUUUUAUUUUAAAGAAAGUACAAAGAUCUGUGAACUUUGUUAUUGAAGUGUUAAAUAUAAAGACAUGGAAAUUGCAUGCAUACACACAGGUAUAAAGUUUCCUUCUUCCAGUUUCCACUAUUUUCGUACUCACAAGGAUUAAGCUAUUCUGCCUCAUAACUUUGGUUUCUGUAAUCAAAUCUGAGCUUAGUCUUAUUACAUGGGGUCUUUUCCUUGCCCUGUUAUUUGCAGUUUUAAAUUUUACGCUGUAAUGAGUAGAGUGAAUUUUACUAGACUAUAAUUCAUAAAGGAUCUCUGUUCAAGUUUGUAGAUGUGUCCAGCUAACUGCAUGCUGCAUACAGUCCUACAUUCAUGCUUACGCCCAGAUUCAAUUGUGUAUACUAAUAUCUUUCACUCGCACUCUAACCCCAGUCACCACAUGCAGACUGUGAUUCACCUUCAGGGCUCCAUGCCAUAAAUGCCUAAAGAAAACCCGGUUUAAAAUCAUACCAUAUUUAAUUAAUGGUCCACAAACAAGAAUCUGAAUUGCAAUCCAAAAUAAUCAACUCUUCACAUGCUAUGAAAUUUUGAGAGUUGUGCUGUGCAUUGUCUGGCUUCAUUAUUCUGUCAUUCUAUUUCUCUUAGGAAAAAGUUGAAAGUUGUUAAAAACAAAUUAGUUUGACCACACCAGUCACCACUUGCAGACACCACUUUUAAGUGCACGAUCUUCAUGGCUUUAUUUUAGAAGUUUUGUUACAGAGGGCAUGUGAUGUAUAGAAUUUCAAGUUAUUUUUUACCCACUGACAACUGAGUUUAAACUUGCUUAAAAUCAGAGUUAAGAUGUAAUUGACACCACAGCAGAACUACCUCAGAUAAUUUUUUACCAGGUUAGUUGGGACAAGGUUUGAUGCAAUUAGCAUAAUCUAUCUUUACCAGAUAUCUCUUAAAGCCUCACGGUUAGAAACAUAUCCCCUUUAAGUAAAGAAACUUGUCAUCUGUUGGCAUCUUUGAUAGGAUUACUUUCUGUCACGAAGACAGGAUCACCACCAGCAGGGGGGAAAAAAAUGGAAUUAGUGGCAAUGUCAGGAUGAGUUUGUUUAUGCUAGUACCACUCAAAAGCAACUGGGUUCCAUGCAGAUACUUGUAAACAUGGUUUAAGGUUUCACUUGGAUUUAUCUUAGUUUGUUAUACAAUAUGAAAGAAACAUCCCUCCCCCCAAGAGCAGUCCAAUGGUGCAACGGUUAGCACCUGUCACCAAUACAGUGAAGGUUGGCUGUCUUGGGUUCAGUUCUCAUCUUGGGCAUGCUGUCCCAGCCAAAAAAGGAAAAUGUACAAAGCAUAGCAAUCCAUUUUGUAAUAGAUACUAAAAGGAGGGAAGAAUUUUUAUAACUGAAAAUCCCACAGUUUUAUUAGACAUCUGUGUUCCUGUUUUGUUAGCCAGGAUUAGCUCAGCUUACUGUUUGAUAAUACAGACUGUGAUAGUUUACUGUUUAUAAAAUAUUGUGAAGUUCAUAGUCUUGAGAAAGACCUUCUGAGGAGAACUUUAUCCAGCCUUUUCAUAAACUUGCAGGCAUAAGAGAAAGUAUUACUUAAAUUACUGAAGAUUGGAAUGUAGUAAUCAGAAUUAUGGAACAUGACAUGGUUAUGGAUUAUUAUCAGUUAACAGCUGUUUUGUCUAAAAUUAUUGCAUUUUUUUAAAGGUUACUUUGAUGCCUUUUAUGUUGACCAUUAUGAAAGUGAGUCCAGAACUAGAAAUGCUCUAAUUCACUCCAGGGCUUUUGUAGUUUAGCUUUUACGAAUAUAGUUAAGGGAAGCAAAACCCUGUUUCACAAAGAAAAGAACCUUUACAUCUUCAUUUUUGCAAUAGAAAGAUGUGGGAAGUUGGGCUGAAAGUAGAUUGUGUUAAGAUUUUAUGCUUUGUGUUACCACUUUGUGCAGAGGAGUCUUUUUUAAUAUAUCUCAAACAGGUAGAAGACAUACAAUAAGGCAACUAAAAAAAUAGUCUUUGUUAUAUCAUACUAUGUUUUUUCUGAUUUUAUUUGGUCAUACUCUGAGAUGUUAUACCAUCAUUGUACAGUUGAAGAGAGAUAAGCUACUUCUCCAAGUCUGUUUAAGAGGAGCAUGUUUAAUUUUUUUAAAAUAAGCUUUAAUAACCUGUGAGGGAGGGAGGGAGGGGUGUGUGAGGGAGAGAGAUACUUCCAACGUGAUUUAAUACAUUUGUUAGCAUCUUCAUGUGAAUAAGCAUACAUUUGACAAUGCUAGAUACACAUUUUUGUUAAUGCUUACAUGAAAACCGUAAGUCAGAACUUGUGUAUGAUUUGUUUUCCUUAACUAAGAUCUGAAUUACAAAAAACAUUUUGCAGAGAUAUAAGCCAUACUUUUAUGCCAGAAUAUUUUUGUGGAGAUUUUCAUGAAAAGGCAGACAGGUGUAGGCCUUUAAGCCUAACGAAUUGUUGUAGACUUUUUCUUACUGUUAUUCAGCUCUUUGCUGCAGUCUCGUUCAUAGCUUUAUAUUAGAUUCUGAUGAAUAGUAUUCAUGCAUGGUGUAUCAAAUUUCCUGCACAGCUGAUUAUUGAUUUCAUGAUUAUUUGCUCUAUUAUAAAAACUGGUUUUAAAAGCACGUGCACACACAUGUUUGAUAGUUUUACUUUCCCAAACUUUGGUUAACAUGGCAACAGCAGUUCUCUUCAUGUUCUAAUACAAAUGCAUUUGUAUCUUCUCCACUCAGCAUUGGUGAUUACUGCAACAAUAUCUAGGCGUUGAAAAAAAGAGGGUUUGCAUAUUUUGAAAUUAUUUGUCAUUCAUCUGAAAACCCUUGAAAUUUUUUUAUCCAGUAAGUUUUGUAGACAUAGUUUUUUAUGGCACCUGACAGGGCACUCCACAAUUAUGGCUGUGCUUGUUUUUGUAGGCUGCUCACAGUUGAUGCAGCAGUAAGACAAUCUAUGAUGCAAGUUAAAAGCUUUUUUCCCUGUUUACAAACGGCACAACGGUUAGUGCCUGACACCAAUAUACAGUGAGGGUUGGCUGUCCUAGGUUCAGCUCUCAGUUGUUCGUUCUCUGCAUGUGGCAUCUCUUUACAGGGCUGGCUGCCUUGCUGUGAUAUAGCCUUAGUUGCUGGCUCUUCUUGAAACAUCUAUCUCCCCCCCCCCCCUCCCCCCCAAAAAAAUGUAGCCGAGCUCAGACACAGGCACUCCUGUGGAUUGGUUUGAUCACAACAGAUGUUGAUAAUUACAACUUUUUUAUCAGUUUAGGUUACAUUUGUGACCAACAUUACACAAGGAUUUAGACUGCCAGUAUUGAGUCUGACCUGGAUAAGAUGAAUUCAGCAAGACUUUAUCAGGAAAACAGACUUUUGUUUAUUGCAUUCUGUUCAUCUUGCUCAGGUUGUAUGCCUUUUCAUUCUACUGCCAUAUAUUUUAUUUUUCAACUUAGCAUUCUGGUUUGGGUCCUGUCCUCACAGUACUAUUUUUAAAUGUGUUGUGCAUUUGUGGUGGCAGUUUUGUAAAGAAGAUACGAUCAGAUUUUAAUGUUUAUUAACACUACUUCAGUCAUUGCUUUGCAUUAUGUUACAGAGAAUAUAAUUUAUGGAGGAGGCAACUUCCACAAUAUUUUUCUAAGUUCAGAUAAUGGGUGCUUGUAGAGCACACAGGCAGAUCUGUCUAAAAGACUGUACAUUGCUGGAGGACAUGAAGAGAUAGGCUGAGGGAAAAGUGAAAGAAGGCAUAAGAAAUUUUCUUUGAGGCUCAUAUUCCUAGUGUUGUUUAAGCUUUUAAAUGUUCCAAUGCUGUGGAUUUGUUUUCAAAUUUUAGGUGUUGGACUGCAGAUCACUGGUAAUUUUGGUGUUAGUUUUCAGGUAACAUAUUUUCCAUACUUCGAUUUGGUUUCUAGUUUUAUUUGGGCCACAAUGCCUUGCCAUGGUUCUGACUGUAAUUUUAUAACUUGUUAAGUGCAAGUUUGUUUGUUUUAUUUCUUUAAAGGGUAUGGGUAUAAUGUAUUUCCAACAAAACAAAAUUAACAUCAUCGUGCAUUGAGAACGCUUGGUCAGUAGAGCAUCAGCACAGUUUUUAUCUGGAGGUUGCAAUUUUUAAACUUUAAGAAUUUGUGCAGCAUUUGAAAAUUUUAAGACCAUAUGUUGGAGUCACUAGAGAUACAUAGUGUGACUGUGUGAUAUGAUUGAAACCAAUAACAUUAAAAAAAAUAUGUACAGUCA